UGAUCCCUCGUUCUAGGUUUCCACGUUUUACCUGUCAAAGACUGUGUUGUGUUUAAUUCUCCUCCCCUUCUGCCGCCCCGCCGUCUCUCCCGUCGAUCUCUUGCGUGGCGAUGGCAGAGGGAAAUUCCAAACCUCAGCCCGCAGUCUGGACUACCGUGAGGCCCUUCGUCAAUGGCGGCCUCUCCGGCAUGCUAGCUACCUGCGUUAUCCAGCCCAUCGAUAUGGUCAAGGUGAGGAUCCAACUGGGGCAGGGGUCAGCUUCCCAAGUGACGAAGAACAUGCUUGCCAACGAAGGCUUUGGCUCAUUUUACAAGGGAUUAUCAGCUGGUUUACUUAGGCAGGCUACUUACACGACGGCAAGAUUGGGUUCCUUUAGGGUAUUGACAAACAAAGCUGUGGAGGCUAAUGAUGGCAAACCACUGCCAUUGCUCCAGAAAGCAGCUAUUGGUCUGACAGCUGGAGCCAUUGGAGCAUCUGUUGGAAGCCCAGCUGAUUUGGCUCUUAUCAGGAUGCAAGCUGAUGCAACUUUACCUGCAGCUCAGCGGCGAAAUUAUAAAAAUGCCUUCCAUGCUCUAUACCGUAUCGUUGCGGAUGAAGGAGUCCUGGCUUUGUGGAAAGGUGCAGGCCCCACAGUUGUAAGAGCAAUGUCACUUAACAUGGGUAUGCUUGCAUCAUAUGACCAGAGCGUUGAACUGUUCAGGGAUUCUCUUGGCUUAGGCGAAGUUAGCACUGUGGUUGGUGCCAGUGCCGUCUCAGGGUUCUUUGCAUCGGCUUGUAGUUUACCUUUUGACUAUGUGAAGACACAAAUACAGAAGAUGCAGCCUGAUGCCAAUGGGAAGUAUCCAUACACUGGAUCUUUGGACUGUGCCAUGAAGACCUUAAAAUCUGGAGGUCCUUUCAAAUUCUACACUGGAUUUCCCGUCUACUGUGUGCGAAUCGCCCCGCACGUCAUGAUGACGUGGAUAUUCCUGAAUCAAAUUCAGAAAUUAGAGAAGUCAAUCGGCUUAUAGAACUCUAGUGUAUCGGAUCGGUACACAUUUUUAACUUAAGUGCUACGGAAUAAUACAGCAUCUAUCCGUAGCUCAGUGGGCUGGUUUUGGUAAACAAUGGCCUUCCAUUUGCUUCAUUUAGACCCAUUCCUGAUGUUUUCAGGGGAAUAUUUGAUAUGAUCCUUAGGUCGAUGCUCAAGUUGAGUUGAGCCGCUUCCAUUCAACAUUUUCCACUUGGUUAAAUUUGAUCUCAGUUCUUGUGUCGUUUUUAGUUUUUGUUUGGGUGGCUUACCAAAGUAAUUAUGUUGGAUAAUACAUCCUUGACGAUAAUGAUUGAUCGGUCUUGUAUUA